AUGACAUGGAAUUCAUACGAUAAUUUUGUAGAAUGGCUCCAAUCAGCACGAUUAAUAAAUUUUUCUCGUAUUGUACCUCCAGCGGUUUGUACAUGUCGAUAUGGUCUGAAGGAAUAUGCUUGUGUUCAUGCUGUUGGACUCAUGAUGCUGCGUGGGGUUCGGCCUAUUCCGCAAGCAAUUGGCAAGCGUCGUACAAAAGGGCGUCCAAAAAAACCAAGACAAGCUUUAUCAACAGAUUAA